AUGGGAGCUUGUUCAAGUAAUUCUUCUACGCCUGAAGCAAUUAAACUAAAUAUAUUCCUCUAAUCUCUUCUUAAUCAUAAUAAUGAUAAGUAAUUUACUUCUCCUAUUGGUUCAAUUAAGGAUUAACCUUAAUUAUAAGUUGAAAAUUUCAAUUUAUAGAUAUGGAAUCAAUUUGAAGCCUUAAGAUAUGUCAGAGAUGAUUAAAAUUAGUUUUAUAACAUUUUUGUUUUCUUUGCAUUAAAAUAGAUUGUUGAGAAUAAUGAUUAGGAUUUGUUAUAAAAAAUUUGCACAGCAUCCGAAUCAAUAGAGUGGUAGUUAUAUUUAAAAGGAAAAUAAAUUCUAAAAAACUAAAAGUACUUGAAAAAUAAGUUUUUAAUUCUAAUAAAAAAGGUAUUCAAAGAGAAACUUUUUGAAUUAUAUUAUUCUAAUAUGCAAAAUAAUUUUAACUUCUUUGUUUUAUGCAUAAUUUUUAUGCGUAACUGGAUUUUUAGUAUUGCAAAAAUUAAUUAGGAUAAGAUAAAAAAUUAAAAUGAAAAGAUAAAAAUUUUGGAUUGGGAUGUCCAAUUCGAUUUAGCAGAUUCAACAUUAAUAAAAGAUGUAGUUGAAAAUAUGAAUAUGUAAUAGUUAUUUAUAUUAAUAGCCAACUAAACAUAUUUGAUGUGGAAACUUAAUCAUUUGUGAAGUUUGGAACAGCAAAAAGAGAAAAUUUUAUAAUUAAAGGAUAAAGUGAGCUUUAUAUUGGUCUUCCUAAGGGUUUUUUCUAGAAAAGUGGACCUUCUGCCAUUAUUUAUCAAUUAUAUAAGUAAACAAAUUAGGCUAGAAAUGUAGCUGUUGAAUAAUAGAAAUUUGUUAGUGAAGAUUUGAAUUAAUAAGAGUUAAUUUAUGAGUAUUAAAUGAAUCAAGCCAUGUUUUCAUAAAUUAAGUUAAGAGGGUUUAAAAGAGUGAGAGGAGAUGGAAAUUGUUUUUAUACUGCCUUUGUUUAUUAAUAUCUAUUAAUAGUACUAACAAAAUUUGAAGAUUCACAAUUUCAAUAGUUUUUAGAAAUUUUAUAAAAAAUUGAUUUUAAUCUUCUUCAUGAGACAAUUUCACACUUUCCAAAUGAAAUUAGAAAAGAUUUAAAACAAAUAUUUCUCAGUUUUAUUUAUGAAAUUCUUGGAAAGAAAAAUUAGAUAUAAUCAUUUGAAAAUGAGUUUAAAAAUACAAAAAGUAUAUUUUAUGCCUUAUCUAUUAUAUAUGCAAAAAAUCUAAUUCAAUAUUAUUUGGAAAAUAAGUAAAUCAAUUUUUUGAGUAUUUAGUUCUGAGUAUAAAGUUCUUUUGGGUGAAGAAGCAGAGCAAUAAAUUUAAUAAUGGGAACUGGAAACAGAUAAUAUUUAAGUGUUAUUAGUUAUUUUAGCAAAUUGUUUAAAUCUUAAUUUGCACUUCUAUUUUAUAGAUUCGGAUAAUAAGCAGCUUGAUCUACAAAAAUAUUAAAAAGAUUAAGAUAACUUAUCAUUACCUAGAUAGGAUAUUUAUUUACUAUUUAGUCCUGGGCAUUAUUGUAUUGGUUUACCUUUAGAAAAUUUAAAAUGAAUUAAAGCUAUUCUAUUUGUUUUUGUUUAUUAACUUUUUUAUAUGUAAAGUUGUUAUAAAUAAUUAGAAAAAAUGUUUUUAACUCCUGUUUAAAUAUUUCGCAAAGUCUUCUCUAAACAAUCUGACUCCAAUAUAAAAAUAAACGAUGAAAUUUGUGAGAAUGAAUACAAAGAAAAAAUAAAAGAAUUAUUAUUGAUCUUUGAAAACUAAUCAAAUAAAAAGGAUUUAAAUGUUAUCCAAUAAAUCUAUAAUGAGGCUUAUAAAAAUUAAUUUAUUGAUGAAGGAUAGAAAAGAUUUGUAAAAAGUAUAAAAAGUAAUACAGAACUUUAUAAUUAUUAUUCUAUCAGAUAAAUAAAAGAGAAACAUAAAUUAUUAAAACUCUGUAAUAAAUAUAGAGAAGUUAGAGGUGAUGGUAAUUGUUUCUAUACUGCUUUGGGCUUUAGAUUUUUAUAAAUACUCUUGUCUGAAUAAAACUAUUAACAAUUUAUAGAAUUUUUGGGAAAAAUAGAAUUAAUAGAUUUACCAUUUAAUUUAAAUUGCAAAAAUGUUAAAAUUGCACGUGAAAUCCAGAAAAGCUUGAGAAGUGAAUUUUUAUUAAGAUUAUGUAAAAUAAGACUGAUAGAAACAAAGGAGGAAAGACUUAAAAGUUUAUAAAAAUAAUAUAAGUCAAAUGAAUGUAGUGAUGAUAUUGAUGGUUACUUUUUUGGUUUGACAACAAUUUUUUUUCGUAAUGUUUCAUAUCAUGUGGGUUAAAAAAGUGAAUUAGCUGCUCAUAUAUAUGAUAUGGAAAAUCUAUUAAUUUGGGGUGAAGAAUGUAAUAAUAAUGAGAUAAUUAUUAAAGAACUCUCAUAGUUCCUGAGAGUGUAAUAAAUUAAAUUUAAAUAUUAGAAUGAUAGUGUUAGUUUUCAUAGAUAAAGGGAAUGUGAAAAGUGAUGAAUAUUCUAGUGAGCUUCAUUACCAUUAAAUAUUUUUACUAUUUUAACCUGGUCAUUACAAUAUUGGAAUUGAAUGA